GGGGGCCCAGAGGGCGGCGCCCAGCCGCCCCAGUCGCUGUCCAGCCUGAUGGCCAAGUUGACGGCCAGCGAGGAGGAGAAAGCCUGCAUCCAGAAGGAGCUGGAGCAGUUGAUGGAGAAGCACUCGGCGUGGGAGUUGCAGCAUCACGAGGAGAAGCAGGCGGACGCCGAAGUCCACAGGAAACGCUACGCGGAGCUGCAGGAGAAGCACAACAAGGCCCUCGAGGACAUGAGGAAAGCAGGACAUGAAUCAUUAACCAUAAUUGUGGAGGAAUUCAAGGCCCUGACCAUGUCAGCAGUCCAGCAGCAGCUGGAAGUCAGGGAGAAGUGCCUCGAGGCCGCUAUGGACAAACAGCGGGAGAAGUGUGAGGAACUUCUCAACACCCAGCACCAAAGGCUUUUGGAUAUCCUAGAUGCUGAGAGAGAUGCCCUAGAAGAAAAACUCAAAGAAACCUUGAGCCAACAAGGACAGCAUCAGAAGGAGCUGCUGGAGAAAUGUGUGGAGGAGGAGAAGCAGAGGGCCCAGGAGGCCGUCGAAGCUGCUGUCAAGGCCCAGGAGGAACGCAUGAAGGAGGCAGUGCUGGAAGCUGUGCAGGAAGAAAGGAGGCGGGCAGAGAAGCAGUGGGUGGACCAGCGAUCAGAGUGGGAGGCGGAGCGUCGCAGAGACAGAGAGGAGUUGGCUAAGGCCAUCCAGGAGGCACUGGUGGACCAAAGGAGAAUUAGCAAGGAGUCAGUAAAGGAGGCCAUAGCAGAGGAACGACAAGCUGGAGAGCGACGACUGGAAGAGGCCACAUUGAAGGUUCAGAAUGAACUUAUGGACUUCAUGAAGGAACAGAAAAGGCUGGACCAAGCCCUUCGCCAGAGACACCUCUCCAGCCUGGAGCUCUUCCUGUCCUGUGCUCAGAGGCAGCUUUCGACGCUCAUGGGGGACGGAGAUGUGGAUGCGUCCAAGAGCCUGGUCUCUGCUGCCGAGGAGCCUGCCCUCUGACCGCACGUCCCGCCGUGUGCAACGCCUAGUAAACCACUUUCUAAAGCAGCUGGGUGAGCCAUUCGGCGGAUCACCACCACGGACUGCGCGAGAGCAGCUCUCCGUCUUCCCGCCUCCGUGUCUUCAGUGUCUUCAUGCCACCAUACAGGCACCGCUUGCACAUGUGUGUCCUGAGCUCCUCUAUUUUUAUGGUGCCCUGCGCUUUUCCCUGUUUCUGCUUUGCCUUCAACCACGUGCAGCUUUUCUUCUUGCUCCACUCGCCUUCCUGUCAGAACACUUCAUCCAUGGGGAAGCGAGACACCCCACGCUGGACCAUUGGGAUCACAGGACCAAAGGGCCGCCUCGGCUCUCUGUCAACAAACCUCUUCUUGCAGGGACUGUAGGGCUGCCUCUUCUACUGUGUUUUACCGUAUUUUUGCUUGUAGUGUCUUGGGGCUGUAAUGAAUCUUUCUCAUAAAAAACAGUUGUCUCCGGUGGUUGAGACUCAAGUGGGACUCAGUGAGGGAUAGAAAGCACUUUGGUAAUGCUGGUCCAGCUGACUGUUCUCCUCCCACUGCAGAUCGCAACACCAGAGGUCUGUCUCGCUUUCACUGUGUGUAUGGGGAACAAACACCGCAGUAUGAAAACACAAAUAAACUUC